UCAGAGCUGAAGAAUGUCACUGUACCCUGCUAUUACAUCUGCAACCUUGUGCAUGUGACUAAUAAACCUAAUCUCAUCUAUAGUGUUCACCACAGCCAACUUUAUGUAGAUGAGAGAGGAUGAAGCACAUGGGGAGGGAGAGAAAGAGUGAAAGAGAGAGUAGGUGAAGGAAGUAAAACGGAAGAAAUGUUACCACAAACACUUGAGCAGUGACGGAGACACUCUGAUGCUGGGCUGUGUUAAGACUGAUGUGAUAGACAUUUAAAAUUGAGGAAGAGAGAGUUAGAGAGAGAGAGAGAGAGAACAGACAGUGUAUUUCACUCACUCUUACAAACACACAGAGAGAUGAUCAUCUACCAAUGCUGUGGCUGUCUUCCUAAACCACCUCUGGUGUAACCUGUUGAUUGUAGAAGGCCGGUGGGCUACAAGUCACCAUGGGGCCCCGUGACUGCUUGUCCUGGACCAGCCUACCUCUCAGCAUCCUGGCUGUGCUUCUCUUCCACCGGGAUGCCAAUGGUCAAGGUUCUGAUUGUUUCCCAGAGAUUAGAGUGACACGGAACACAGUAUGGAGAGCUUCAACUGGGAAACAACUGAAGAUGAACUGUUCUGUUUUCUGUUCCAACUCACCACCACCACCAUCACUAUGGUGUAAGGUUGAUGAAUCAAACAACUGCAAUACUGUCAACACAACAACUCUCAUUCAAAAACAGUUGACAAAUUUGACAAACACUACAUGGAUCUCAUUUCUGACUUUCAAAAACAUAUCCAGAGGUGAUGCUGGUCUAUACAGGUGUAAAUUACACACGGCUGUGGGUCAUUCUAUCAAUGUUAUCGUCUCAGAGAGAAUUGAAGACACCACAGAUUUAUAUCAGAACAAUGAAACAAACAGUACAGUGAGUCAGAGUGACAGCUUCCUGGAGUGGGUGUGGCCUUAUGUUUACUCCUCGGCUGGGAUUAUGGUGUUUGUCAUCGUGGUGAUAACCAUAUCCAUGCUCUCAAUGCAUGGUUGUAAAGGUGCCUGUCCGGCCAGGAAGUCAAGGAAUGAGGACCAAACAGAGAACCAGUAUAUGGCUAUACCAAUGACCCAGCAAGCAUUCCCACGACCCAACCCACAAUCCCACCACAGAGGAAGCAUCCGAUCCCACCAAUCCCAGGACCGGCUCCAAGCCCGGCCCCAAGCCCAGGCACAAGCCCAGCCCACCCCACCGCCGGACUGUAUCUAUGACAACGCACCUGCCAGGGGCCCACGUCGCACUCAUCCGGCACCCGGCCAAGCUGCAGCCAAUCAGGUAGCUGUCCCGGUGGACACGGACAAUACCUAUAGCAACGGGAAGGAGAAAGAGGAAGAGAGUGAUAUCAUGUACGCAGCGCUAAACCAUCAGGUAAAGCCUCGAGCCGCUGCGCGCCCUGCACAGCCUCAGGUAGAGGGCUCAGAGUACGCAGCCAUACGAGUGUCCUGAGCCCUGGAACCAGGAAGUAAAACUCCUCUUCCCAGAGGGUCACAGUCCUACUGGUCUUUGUUUCUCCCUGAUUACGAGAAGGGGGUCACUGCGUCCCAAAAUGGCGACCGGAGUAUGGGCGAAUGGGUGUGUCAAAAGGGAAGUAGUGGGUAUGUGAAAAGGAAUGGGUGUGUCAAAGGGGAAGUAGUAGGUGUGUGGAAAGGAAUGGGUGUGUCAAAAGGGAAGUAGUAGGUGUGUGGAAAGGAAUGGGUGUGUCAAAAGGGAAGUAGUAGGUGUGUGGAAAGGAAUGGGUGUGUCAAAAGGGAAGUAGUAGGUGUGUGGAAAGGAAUGGGUGUGUCAAAAGGGAAGUAGUAGGUGUGUGGAAAGGAAUGGGUGUGUCAAAAGGGAAGUAGUAGGUGUGUGGAAAGGAAUGGGUGUGUCAAAAGGGAAGUAGUAGGUGUGUGGAAAGGAAUGGGUGUGUCAAAAGGGAAGUAGUAGGUGUGUGGAAAGGAAUGGGUGUGUCAAAAGGGAAGUAGUAGGUGUGUGGAAAGGAAUGGGUGUGUCAAAAGGGAAGUAGUAGGUGUGUGGAAAGGAAUGGGUGUGUCAAAAGGGAAGUAGUAGGUGUGUGGAAAGAAAUGGGUGUGUCAAAUCGUCUGCUAUAGGUUAGACGGUUUUGAUUGAGCUGGAUUUUUUUCUCUUCUGUUUCUUGCCACUCAACCAGACUGUGACACACAACUAGGUGCUAUCAUCAACCAAAAAGGGUUAUUUGUCUGUCCUCAUAAGAGAACCCUUUGAAGAACCCCCUUUGGUUCCAGGUAGAACCCUUCUGGGUUCCAUGAAGAACCCUUUCCACAGAGGGGUCUGCAUGGAAUCCAAAAGAGCUCUACCUAGAACCAAAAAGGGUACUCCUAUGGGGACAGCCGUAAAACCCUUUUGGAACCCUUUCUUUCUAUGAGUGUACCUCACAUUGAGCUACCAUACUGCGAGAGAUGGGACAUCUAUUUUUAAGCCAGAGGAUGAGUCUGAGUGUUAGAAUUACAUGAAUAAUUGUACAUUUUCCGGUUUAAAACUGAAGAUUGUUUAUUGGGGCGGCAGCUAGCCUUGCGUUGGGUCAGUAUCUGAAAGGUUGCUAGAUCAAAUCCCAGAGCUGACAAGGUCAAAAUCUGUUGUUCUGCCCCUGAACAAGGCAGUUAACCCACUGUUCCUAGGCCAUCAUUGUAAAUAAGAAUGCGUUCUUAACUGACUUGCCUAGUGCCCUAAAUAUUAAAUAAAACAGUAUUGAUGAUGGGUGUACUGUUGCUUUAUGGGUUGUACGCAUGUUCCUACUGUGACUGUCACCCUGAUAUAUUACUGUGACUGUCACCCUGAUAUAUUCCUGUGACUGCCACCCUGAUAUAUUACUGUGACUGUCACCCUGAUAUAUUACUGUGACUGUCACCCUGAUAUAUUACUGUGACUGCCACCCUGAUAUAUUACUGUGACUGUCACCAUGAUAUAUUACUGUGACUGUCACCCUGAUAUAUUACUGUGACUGUCACUCUGAUAUAUUACUGUGACUGCCACCCUGAUAUAUUACUGUGACUGUCACCCUCAUAUUACUGUGACUGUCACUCUGAUAUAUUACUGUGACUGUCACACUGAUAUAUUACUGUGACUGCCACCCUGAUAUAUUACUGUGACUACCACCCUGAUAUAUUACUGUGACUGUCACUCUGAUAUAUUACUGUGACUGUCACUCUGAUAUAUUACUGUGACUGUCACACUGAUAUAUUACUGUGACUGUCAACCUGAUAUAUUACUGUGACUGUCACUCUGAUUUAUUACUGUGACUGUCACCCUAAUAUAUUACUGUGACUGUGACUGUCACACUGAUUUAUUACUGUGACUGCCACCCUGAUAUAUUACUGUGACUACCACCCUGAUAUAUUACUGUGACUGUCACUGAUAUAUUACUGUGACUGUCACUCUGAUAUAUUACUGUGACUGUCACCCUCAUAUUACUGUGACUGUCACUCUGAUAUAUUACUGUGACUGCCACCCUGAUAUAUUACUGUGACUGUCACCCUCAUAUUGACUAGGUAGCUACUUCCCACACCGUUGCUGGACAGUAGUGCCUGUCAUACGAGAGCGAACGGUACUGGGUCCUGUGUUCUUGUUUUUCAUGCGUGCCCUCUCCAUUGAGUAGUAGACUGUAUGUACUGUAUGUAUCAAGAUGGUUAUCAAUAUUAGUUACUUCUUGUGUCUUUUAAAUAAAAUAAUUUGAGAGAAAACAUUGCCACGUUAGCUGCCGCCUGCAACAUGACCACGAUACCAGUGGCAAUCGGUGCCAUUUAAGAUUCUUAUUAUUUUAACCUUUAUUUAACCUGGCAAGUCAGUUAAGAACAAAUUCUUAUUUACAAUGAUGGCCUGCACCGGCCAAAACCGGACGACGCUGGGCCUAUUGUGCACCUCCCUAUGGGACUCCCAAUCACCUCCAGUUGUGAUACAGCCUGGAAUUGAACCAGGGUGUCUGUGGUGACGCCUCAAGCAUGGAGAUGCAGCGCCUUAGACCGCUGCGCCACUCGGGAGCCCCGAUGAGGGAUGAGCAUGGCCUUAUUUCUGUUACAGCUUAUUGGAUGACUGUCAUUCAUAUUCCAUUCACCCAGUUCAAUGUAACAUCGAUAGGUUUAGGCUACUACAUGAUAGUCAAAUCUUCCCUAUACUCAUCAUGAGGUUUCCUCAACCUAGACUAUGAAUGAAAGCUACACCAUGGUGCUGUUUAGGCUACUGUAGACCAACACUGCAAAACAGUGUGUUUUAAUCAAUUAUUUGGUGACUUGAAUACAUUUAGUCUAGUUUUAUCUAAAAAGGCUUACUUCUUAAUAUUUUGCUAUUAAAAUGUUUAUGAAAUUCACUGAGGAAGAUGUUCCUCCCCUUCCUCCUCUGAGGAGCCUCCACUGCAUGAUACCCAGUAGGAAGGACUUCGGCAGGCAUGUCGAUACAACCCCGGUGCACUGGUCCGGCUUAUCGACUCUUCUUGUAGCCCAAUCAGCCACGUAAAACGGUAUUCAGUAGCAACAAAUCUGCCCAAUUAGCUAAUAAUCCAUACACCCACUCUCUCAUACUUUGGUCGCCAUAUUGGGCUGCAGAUACCCCUUCGUGGUAUUACAGAAAUAGAUCAGCUGGCUGCAUCGAACUUUGAACUUCCACCAAUGAUAAUGUCAGUUUUAACUAUGGCCUUUUGGGUACAACUUUCUUACAGAGGUUGAUUUUUGAGGCCUACAUGAAAUAUUCCACUGCACUGUAAUUAGGUGGAAAUCAGUUGACUGUGAAUGUAACUGUGAUUGAUUGUUUUGUUUAAUGCAGUUUUCUGUGAUUUGCGUGUUUCCUAUUUAAACAAAUAAUCAGAUUUGAUUUACUAUAAUAUAAUUUUCACUGCAAUAUUA